GGGGCCUGACGGCCCUACCCAGACCUUCUGGGUUUCCCCCCCACACCGUCUCGGACGUCGCCAGUUGGACCCUCCCUGCUUAGGACUGGCCUCGUGUCUCGACUGUGAGGCUCGGCCUCCGUUAACUCUUGUCUGAUCCUCCCCUCCCCCUCAGUGCUCCCGGCUUCUGUCCUUUGAUCCCUUGGCGUCCCCAACUCCCAUCCGCAUUCUUCUCGGCUGCCUCCCUUAGAUUCCCUAACUUCCUAAAUUAACCCUUUUCCCAGCUCAGUGCCCCGGCUUACACCCUGGACUGCCCCUUGUCCCCAACUCCUUGUGUGCUUCUAAGUGCUCCUGGGUUUUCUGCCUCGGUAAAUUAUUGCCCUAUUUCCUCCAGGCCACCUGCUUCCUGUGUCCCUCCCUUUGUGUCCCCCGCCCCCUAUUUCUAACUCCCUGCUUAUCUUUUCUCGUGCCUCUGAUUUUCUUCUGCUCCCCAGUGUUCUCCCCAGUUUUCUAGCACCCAAUUCUGGGUUUACCUCCAGCUCCCACAGAUGACCUGGAAGCUGGUGACAGGGAGCCUGUGACCCAGGCCUGACACGCAGCCCAGACUACACACCUGCUUUCCAUAAAGCCACAGUAAUUUUGUGUGCCACUUGGGAAAUCAAGAAAAGCAACAGUGUUACCCACAAAAGCACGACCUUCACCUCCAGACUUCCUGAGUGAGAGGGCAGGCUGGGCCCUCACCUGCCCCACGGAGGAUGCAGUUCUUCGGACGCCUCGUCAACACCCUCAGUAGUGUCACCAACUUGUUCUCAAACCCAUUCCGGGUGAAGGAGGUAUUGGUGGCCGACUACGCCUCCAGUGAACGGGCUCGAGAGGAAGGACAGCUGAUCCUGUUCCAGAAUGCUUCCAGUCGUACCUGGGACUGCAUCCUGAUGAACCCUAGGAACCCACAGAAUGGCUUCCGACUGUUCCAGCUGGAGUCAGAGGCGGACGCCCUGGUGAACUUCCAACAGUAUUCCUCCCAGCUGCCGCCCUUCUACGAGAGCUCCAUGCAGGUCCUGCAUGUGGAGGUGCUGCAGCACCUGUCCGACCUCAUCCGCAGCCACCCCAGCUGGACGGUGACACACCUAGCGGUGGAGCUGGGCAUCCGGGAGUGCUUCCAUCACAGCCGCAUCAUCAGCUGCGCCAAUAGCACAGAGAAUGAGGAGGGCUGCACCCCACUACACCUGGCCUGCCGCAAGGGUGACAGUGAGAUCCUGGUGGAGUUGGUACAGUACUGCCACGCCCAGAUGGAUGUCACCGACAACAAAGGAGAGACCGCCUUCCAUUAUGCUGUACAAGGGGACAAUUCCCAGGUGCUUCAGCUCCUAGGGAAGAACGCCUCGGCCGGCCUCAACCAGGUGAACAAGCAGGGGCUGACCCCGCUGCACCUGGCCUGCCAGAUGGGCAAGCAGGAGAUGGUGCGUGUGCUGCUGCUCUGCAAUGCCCGCUGCAACAUCAUGGGACCCGGCGGCUUCCCCAUCCACACAGCCAUGAAGUUCUCCCAGAAGGGGUGUGCUGAAAUGAUCAUCAGCAUGGACAGCAACCAGAUCCACAGCAAGGAUCCUCGCUACGGAGCCAGCCCGCUCCACUGGGCCAAGAACGCCGAGAUGGCCCGAAUGCUGCUGAAGCGCGGCUGUGACGUGGACAGCACAAGCACCGUGGGAAACACAGCCCUGCACGUGGCGGUGAUGCGCAACCGCUUUGACUGUGUCAUGGUGCUGCUGACCUACGGGGCCAACGCAGGUGCCCGUGGAGAGCAUGGGAACACGCCACUGCACCUGGCCAUAUCGAAAGAUAACAUGGAGAUGGUCAAAGCCCUCAUUGUAUUUGGGGCAGAAGUGGACACCCCAAAUGACUUUGGGGAGACUCCUGCAUUCAUGGCCUCCAAGAUCAGCAAACUGAUUACCAGGAAGGCGCUCUUGAGUCUGCUGAGAACUGUGGGGGCCGACCACCGCUUCCCACUCAUCCAGGGGGUCCCCACGGACCAGAGCUCUGCAGCAACACCUCACCCCUUCUUCUCUCUGGACAAAACUCAGCCCCCAGAGAUCAGCUUAAACAGCCUAGAGCUUCAGGACCUCAUGCCCAUCUCCCGAGCCCGGAAGCCGGCAUUCAUCCUGAGCUCCAUGCGGGACGAGAAGCGAACCCAUGAUCACCUGCUCUGCCUGGAUGGAGGGGGCGUGAAAGGCCUGGUCAUCAUCCAGCUCCUCAUUGCCAUCGAGAAGGCCUCAGGUGUAGCCACCAAGGACCUCUUCGACUGGGUGGCAGGAACCAGCACCGGGGGCAUCCUGGCCCUGGCCAUUCUGCACAGUAAGUCCAUGGCCUAUAUGCGUGGUGUGUACUUCCGAAUGAAGGACGAGGUGUUUCGGGGCUCACGGCCCUAUGAGUCUGGGCCCCUGGAAGAGUUCCUGAAACGGGAGUUUGGGGAACAUACCAAGAUGACAGAUGUCAAAAAACCCAAGGUGAUGCUGACGGGGACACUAUCUGACCGACAGCCAGCGGAGCUCCACCUAUUCCGGAAUUAUGACGCACCAGAGGCCACUCGGGAACCUCGCUUCAACCGAAACAUUAACCUGAAGCCACCGACUCAGCCUGCAGACCAGCUGGUAUGGCGGGCAGCCCGGAGCAGUGGGGCAGCCCCAACCUACUUCCGGCCCAACGGACGCUUCCUGGAUGGUGGGCUGCUGGCCAACAACCCCACGCUAGAUGCUAUGACUGAAAUCCAUGAGUACAAUCAAGAUAUGAUCCGCAAGGGCCAGGGCAACAAGGUGAAGAAGCUCUCCAUUGUUGUCUCUCUGGGGACAGGAAGGUCCCCUCAAGUGCCUGUAACCUGUGUAGAUGUCUUCCGCCCCAGCAACCCCUGGGAACUGGCCAAGACUGUUUUUGGAGCCAAGGAACUGGGCAAGAUGGUGGUGGACUGUUGUACAGAUCCAGACGGUCGGGCUGUGGACCGGGCCCGGGCCUGGUGCGAGAUGGUUGGCAUCCAGUACUUCAGACUGAACCCCCAGCUAGGAACAGACAUCAUGUUGGAUGAGGUCAGUGAUGCGGUGCUGGUCAAUGCUCUCUGGGAGACGGAGGUCUACAUCUAUGAGCACCGGGAGGAGUUCCAGAAGCUUGUCCAGCUGUUGCUGUCGCCCUGAGCCCCCAGGCCCUACUGGCAGGGGUGGGCCAGGUCACCCAGCACACUGAGGACCAAGCUGGGCCAGGCAGCUCCGUGUCCACCUGAGGACUGGGGCUCAGAGCGCAAACAGUUCCCCACAAGGCACUUCUCCUGACCCACCUGCACUUUGCCACUCUGAAAGCCCAGAGUCCCCUCAGCCCUCUUACCAAACUGUGAAGGCCAACUGGCUCUCUCAACUGCCCUACAUUUCAGUGAGAGCAACACUAAGGUGCCCAGUGUGCCCAGAGAGUUCUCCCAGGUUCCCUGGCCACGGCAGCCCACCCCUUCCUCCCUCUUCCUGAAGUCAGGGACUAGAGAAAUGGGGUUCCACCCCAUCAUCAGGUGAAAUCCAGGCUAUUGAAAUCCAACCCCAUUUGACUUUGCCCCUCUACACCUGCCAGCCACCCCACCCCUGCAACCACCCCACCUUAAGAGCCCUGCCAGCUCCCAAAGGUCAAUUCUGUGCACACACUCUUCUCUGGAAGGAGAGUGGGCAGGGGUUCAAGGCCACCUCAACUGUGAAAUAAACGGGUUUAGAAUCAA